AAAGCUGCAAGGUCAGGGUCACAUUACUGGAGUUAGCCAAGGUCGCGAUUUCCUGCUUAUAUCUAAAAUGACUACAAAAUAUAAGAUCGUUCUCGUUCGCCAUGGCGAAAGUGAGUACAACAAAGAGAACCGGUUUUGUGGCUGGUAUGACGCGGAUCUGUCGCCAACCGGACUGGAGGAAGCGAAAAAUGCAGGAAAGAUGCUGAAAGAGAAAAACUACACAUUUGACAUUGCAUAUACAAGCGUACUGAAGAGAGCUCUCAAGACCUUGUUCAUGAUUCAAGAUGAGAUGGAUCUACACUGGAUCCCCGUAGUUCGACACUGGAGACUGAAUGAACGCCACUAUGGUGGACUUCAGGGCCUCAAUAAGUCUGAGACAGCUGCCAAACACGGAGAGGCACAAGUCAAGAUCUGGAGACGUUCGUAUGACACCCCACCCCCAGCCCUUGAGCCCAGUGACCCUCGUUCAGCCACCCAGGAGGUUAAAUAUGCCCAAUAUGACGAGGCAGUGGUUCCGCUAUGUGAAUGUCUGAAGGACACGGUUGAAAGGGUGCUGCCAUACUGGCAUGAUGUCAUUGUACCGACUAUCAAGUCCGGCCAGCAGGUGCUGAUAUCUGCCCAUGGCAACAGUCUACGAGCACUGAUUAAAUAUCUAGACAAAGUAUCUGACGAUGCUAUCACUGAAUUAAAUGUUCCAACAGGCAUCCCCCUUGUGUAUGAACUGGACGCCAACAUGAAGCCAGUAAAACACUACUAUCUAGCCGAUGAGGCCCAGGUCAAGGCUGCUAUGGAGAAAGUAGCCAAUCAGGGCAAGGCUAAAUAAACAGCCAGCCAUUUAGAAACAAGCUUGCAUACAAGACCCAAUUAGAUAUGGAUUUUUCAUAUUGAUGUUUAUGAAAUAUAAUCGAAUAAAAUGUGAGGUAUUAAAUCUCCCCAUUAAAUGUCUUCAAAUGAGGCUAGUUAUGUUAUGAUUGAGUUCGGACACAUGGAUAUACAAAAACAAUUGAAAUGUUUUUUUCCGCUUGAAAAUUUAUUUUGUUGAUUUUCGUUCGUCAUACCAUAGUUUUACUGUUUUUCAUUCCUUUAAGACAUUAAUUGUUUUAUACUCCUUUUAACGAUAUUUUAUCCAUUACUAUGAUUGAAGUUAUGUUGUUGAUGUCUUAGUAACUAAAUACCUAGAAGUUAAGCUUUCAUUGCUGAAUGUUCUUUAAAACUAAGAAUACACUUAAAAAUAACUGUCAGAUAAAAAUUACACAUUGUCCAACUGUAAUUUUGUUGUAGAUAGAAAGAUAUAAUUUAUUUAAUAAAUUGCAUUUAAGUGCUUAUUGUGCAUGUGUUCGGUACAAUAUUUCUAUGUUAUAGGAUAUUUUAGCUUCUGUACAACGUUGUAGUUGAUGUUUCAUUUUCCAAUAAAGCUCUAAAAGGGUU